AGAAGAUAAAAACAUUGAAAAACGUUUUCAUAUUUACAUUUCAUAUUACUCAUUCAGGAGAUAAGAACAAGCCACGAUUAUAUCUCAUCCUAAAGCCUGUCGCAUCUGAUUACAUCAAUGCUGUUUACAUCGACAGUUUCACUGCGAAGGACCGUUACCUUGUUUGCCAAACUCCCUUGAAUGAAACUGUGUCUGAUUUCGUCACGCUUGUGAUGCAAGAACAAUGUUCAUGUAUCGUCAGCUUUGAAAGUGAAAUGGAAAAACAUAGGAACAUGGGAUUGUACUACCCAGCUGACAAUCAGGAACUUGGUGAUAUUAAAGUCAAGAGUCACAAAGUUGAAGGCAAGGAUUACUACCAGAAAAGAACGCUGACAAUUACACAAGUCACUGCAAACGGGCAUUCAGAUGUGCGCACAAUACCCAAUCUACAAUUUACAGACUGGGAUAAAAAGCACAACGUUCCAAGAUCUACACAGAAUGUCCUGGCCUUCAUUAAAGAUGUUGAUGAGGCGGCGAAGGCGUCACGACAUGAUGGACCGAUACUCGUCCAUUGCUUAGAUGGCGCAAGCAAGAGUGGUCUAUUCUGUGUGGUAUCACUCCUUCUACAGAGAGUUGCUGUGAACCAGGAAGUUAGCGUAGUGAAUGUUGUGAGAAAAGUAAGAACAAGGAGGAGGCUUGCUAUUCCGAACAAGGAACAGUUUCACUUCUGCCAUGAGUGCGUGCUUGGAAAUAUCAACACGCGUGAGGGCAACACUUACUAUAACACUUGUGGAGGACUUGUAUGAGGUCAAAACUAGUACAUGCACUGUCAAGACCUCUCGAAGACAUCAUCUUAAGGACACGAGACAUGCAUUUGUACUUGGAAAAACUUAAUACCAUACUAUGAACAUCAAUGGCGUCUACAACAGCUUAAAAAUAUAUACUUUACUUAAACCUUAACGACAGUGACGGGUAAAAUAACAGGUGCCUGUAUGGAUGUUAUGACCUUUGAGCUUGUAAUUCGUAAGCUAUCAGUGUCAUACUACAGAAAACUGUGCUCACAUUAUGCAUUAUCCUGUUAAAAUGAAUAGACCAAUCUGUACUUGUACUUGUCCUAGUUUGUUUAAGUUAAGAGUAUUUACGUAAGUGUAGCAACCUUUGUAUGUUUAACGCUUUUCAUGGUCGUGAACGAUGAGGAAAUACGAUACUUGGAUGAAAGCGCACCCAAAACAAGAAAUUCUUCGGAUCAAGAACGUGUACAAGUUUGUGUUCAAUUCCACUUGUAGCAUAAAAUAUGUAUCGUAUUUAAUUAUGGUAGUUUACUGUAUGAACUCACUAGCAUAUAACAUUGCUUUAAAUAUAUAUCGACAUCUAUGUAAGAUUGGAUAAUGUUGAGAAAAGCCAUAUAUACCUGUAUUGUUAUGAUGAAUGUGAGUUUCUAAAUACCAUUCGAGUACUAGUAUUCACACAUUUAUAUCUUAUUUAAAACAAUGUCAGAAAGCAUGCGUCAACAACUUACAUAUUUCUUCGUUGUCUUUGAACGCUUGCAUUAACUUUCAUGGUAUAUUACUGUUUAAGUAUUUUAUUUAGUAUAAUAGCCCUUUAUUAUUGGCAAUUUUUGUACAUAGAUAAACCUUCUUUUAAAUUAUAAAGUUUCCUUACAGAGUGUAAACACGUUAAUCACUACUCUGGUUUAUUUUUAGUUAGCAAAAACUGAAACAAUACAAACAUUCGGUGUUUUAGAUAAAGCGUUAGAUGCUGUACUAUUUAACUGUUACUGCUGUUAUGGAAAAAAAUCAGGCUAAAGUAAAUUAAAUGUUGGAAAUGUUAGUAAAGAUUAAUAAAAACUACAAUAUUUUGGGUUUUAUAAACUGUAGCUUUUUAUGUAUAAAGGAUAAAUGAAUCAUGAAUCAUACCCAGAUUGUUUUACAAUUGCUCUUUUUACUAGGAUAAUACAUAACGUGUUAGUAUAUAAAAAGAUAAGCUUUCGGCAAUAAGAAUGUAGAAUAAGUACUUUGGCCAAGCUAUUGUGUAGAACUGAUAUGCCAAUAACGAGCGAGGAAACAUCAUGCGCCAAAAUUGUUGUUAUAUCUGGUAAGCAAUUCAGUAAGAAUUGUUAAGAAUGCAGGCAAAUCCUUCGAAAUAUUAGCCGGAAAGUAUUUACUUUCAAUUGAAUGUUUUUCUACCUUCAUUUGCAUUAAUUUGUCCUUCUUUAUUAGCAGCAUCACGUUCUUAUAAACGCACUUAACUUGAUUCCAUUAGCUCCUCCAAACGUUUUUUCUGCAAAAGGUGUUAAAACUUUGAUUCAUGAAAACAUACUUUCAAUGGAAUUUAGCAGAAAUUUGUAGUGUUUAAUUUUAAAAUGGUUCGCGAUUUGUACAAGUCUUAGUUCAA